CCGGCCUCGACAGGACAGGUGGAUGGAUUCAGCGUGCGGAGAUCGAUCCCGACUUUUCGGGCUUUUAGGUUGCCUUGUCCCCUAACCCUCGGGGCUUUUGUCCCCCCUCCCGAUGUGUCCAACCAAUGAGCGGACUUACAUAUUUCCCGACAGCCAGCAUUGGCAUCCACAUUGCCGAGCAUCCAUCUACACUACACCACAGCCAGUCUGUCUGUCCUUGGCCAGCGGGCAUCUGGCAACAGCGAACAACACCAAGCCUCCUUCUACCUUACAAGGCUUCUCGUCAUCAUCAAUACCUAAGUACCAACCUGUAGAUACCUACCUCUAAUCGCCCGCCAUGGCCGCUAUACCCCCCGCCGCCGCCCUCGACACUGCUGGCCCAACUGGCUCGGAGGAGAUCCAUGUCGCCCCAUCACUCCCACUCACCCAGAAGCUCAAGUACGGCGCAUUGGCUUACGGCAUCACCAAGCUCAUCAAGACUCCACUCAACUUGAUCACGGCCAUCAAGACCGACUACUUGGGCUCAUCCCCUACCAACCCGGAUAUCAUCAAGGCGUAUCCUUCAAGACCGCAGUUGCCCGUUCGGGUAUUCCUCCCCAAAUCACACUCGGGCGAAGAUGGUCCAUGUCCCACAAAACUACCCACCUUACUCACCAUCCACGGCGGCGGCUUCGUCCUCGGCUCACCCUACGACAACGACAGUUGGAACCGGCGCUUUGUCCAACUUGCCCAAGAAGGCGACACUCCCUUUUGCGUAAUCGCCCUCGACUACCGCAAAGCCCCUUCCUACCCAUUCCCAACAGCAAUCCACGAUCUCGAAGCCGUCAUUCUGGACCUUUUCAAGUCAGAUGACCUGCCCGGCAUCGACCUCAACCGCGUCGCCAUUGCGGGGUGGAGCGCCGGCGGGAACUUGGCCUUGGCCGUCUCGCAAUUACCAAACAUUCGCCCACUACUCAAGGCUGUGGUGCCCAUGUACCCCGUGCUGGACUUUGUCACGCCUUCGGAGACCAAAGCGACAAAAUCGAGACGGUAUAAACCGGCGCUGGGCGGGUUUAGGGGAAAAGACACGGAUUUCUUGAUGGGCUUGUCGGGCAUGUUUGAUUGGGCUUAUGUUUCCCCCGGGCAAAAGAUGGGGGAUCCGUUGUUGAGUCCGGUUUAUGCUGUCAGUGUGGAAGAAGCAACCGCAGAAGGGGCGGAAAAGGUAGUAGUAGUAAAGGGAAGGGAAAAGUUUCCUGCGAAUGUGUUUGUGAUUGCUUGUGAGCUGGAUAUGUUGGGGGGCGAGGCGUGGCGGAUGGCGUGCAAGUUGGGAGGGAAAAAGGUGCCGGGGGUGGAGGACAUGUUGGGGAGGGAAGAGGUGGGUGAGGAAAAGGGAAAGUUGGAGUUGGAGGAUGAGAGGUUUCAUUGGCGGGUGGAAGUGGACGAAGGGCAAGUGAAGAGGAGAUAUAGGUGGUUGUUGGUGCCGGAUGCGAUUCAUGGGUAUGAUCAGGAUGGCGUGGGGCGGUUUGGGGAUGAGGAGCUGGUGAGGGAUGGGAUGGAGAAGAGGGAGGAGGUUAUGAAGAUUAUUAGGGGGUGGUUGAUGGAUGGGGUUCUAUGAGGCGUUUACCUAGGGUAUGGUUCUAUCCUGUGUUUAUCUUCCGCGAAUAGGUAGGUAGGAAACGUUGUUUUUGUUCUUGCUUGCUCAACCAGCAUCAAUUCCAGACGUCGUCCUGAGUAUUCGGUUGCCCACGUUUCAAUUCGAAUAUCCCAGGAGAGACUAUCAUCGGCACUGCAAUGAUACCCGCAUCCAGAGUCUAGACAAAUCGCAAUAUCCGGGUAACGUUGC